CCGACUGUAGGUGCGGUGACGUCGGUCUACGGGGGCUUUGGAUGUAGGCCGAGUAUAAAAGACUUCUGCGGUGUUGAGGAGGGUCUGUCAGGUGCUGAACAGUGUAGUGCUUCAGUUUAUUGGUGAUGGCGCGCUUUCUUUGUGCGCUCCUCUUACUUACGACAUGUGCUUUCGCCGAGGACUCGCUUCGAGUGAAAAGGCAAGAUGAGGCCGGAAAAUCAGAUAGCAACUUUGACGAGGUCUGUAAGGAUAAAGACGCUGGUGAAUGGUUUAGGCUUGUGCCCGGUGAAGGUGACAGCUGUCGUGAUGUGAUUCAAUGUACUUCCUCAGGACUACAGGCCAUCCGUUGCCCGGCAGGCUUAUAUUUUGACAUCGAAAAGCAGACGUGCGAUUGGAGAGAUGGUGUCAGAAAUUGUAAAGUUAAGAACAAAGAGAGAAGAGUGCGACCUUUGCUCAUAACAAAUGAACCUCUUUGCAACGAUGGUCUUUUGGCUUGCGGCGAUGGGAUCUGUAUCGAAAGGGGACUAUUUUGUAACGGCGAGAAGGACUGUACGGAUGGUUCCGACGAAAAUGCAUGCGAUAUUGACAACGAUCCAAAUCGUGCUCCACCUUGUGACCCGUCUGUCUGCCAACUUCCCGACUGUUUCUGUUCCGAAGAUGGUACAACGAUCCCCGGUGACAUUCCAGCCAAAGACGUGCCACAAAUGAUUACCAUCACUUUUGAUGACGCAAUUAAUAACAACAACAUCGAGCUUUACAAAGAAAUAUUCAACGGAAAACGAAAAAAUCCAAACGGAUGUGACAUCAAAUCUACUUUCUUUAUCUCUCAUAAGUACACAAAUUACUCAGCUGUACAGGAAAUGCAUCGUAAAGGACACGAAAUUGCUGUACAUUCUAUCACCCAUAAUGAUGAUGAACGAUUUUGGAGUAAUGCCACAGUCGACGAUUGGGCCAAAGAAAUGGCGGGCAUGAGAAUAAUCGUCGAAAAGUACGCUAAUUUAACCGAUAAUAGCGUUGUUGGCGUACGUGCACCAUACCUUAGAGUAGGAGGAAAUAAUCAAUUCACAAUGAUGGAGGAACAAGCUUUCUUAUACGACUCGACAAUUACCGCUCCCCUAAGCAACCCUCCUUUGUGGCCUUACACCAUGUACUUCCGCAUGCCACACAGAUGCCACGGUAAUCUGCAAAGCUGCCCAACGAGAAGUCAUGCCGUUUGGGAAAUGGUCCUAAACGAACUCGACCGUAGAGAAGAUCCAAGCAGCGACGAAUACCUACCCGGAUGUGCCAUGGUGGAUUCUUGCUCAAACAUCAUCACCGGUGACCAAUUCUACAAUUUCUUAAAUCACAACUUCGACCGCCAUUACGAAGAAAAUCGGGCACCUCUCGGCCUUUACUUCCACGCGGCGUGGCUUAGGAACAACGAGGAAUUUUUGGAAGCGUUCCUGUUUUGGAUCGACGAAAUCCUCGCGAACCAUAACGACGUUUAUUUCGUCACCAUGACGCAGGUAAUACAGUGGAUACAAAAUCCCCGAACGACUUCGGAAUUGAAAAAUUUCGAACCCUGGAGGGAGAAGUGUGUAGUGGAUGGUAUCCCCAACUGCUGGGUGCCUCAUUCCUGCAGGCUAACAUCUAAAGAAGUUCCUGGAGAAACGAUUAACUUGCAAACAUGCGUUCGUUGUCCCAACAACUACCCGUGGUUAAAUGAUCCUACAGGCGACGGGUUCUUCUAAGUCAACCGUGAUUAUUUGUUGUAUAGGCGAUAUUACUCGUGAUCUCGUUAAACUAAUCAACUCGCGCACAAUCAGUCUUACGAUUGAUAAGUUAAUAAA